CACCAGAAACUACGGGGAGGAAGUGGUCGAUCCCCAGCGCACCCCGCACCGGGGAGGAAGCGGCGGCCCGAGCCGCUCGCGAAGCCGGGACCGGAACCUCGGCUGGCCGGGCCCCACCCCGCUCACCUGCGCAGGUAACCGGGGCCCGGGAGCGCGAGGUGGAGGCGGAGGCGGAGCCGGCUCGGAGCAUGUUUGGCUCUUUGUUCUGCGCUGGUUCGUGUGUCUGGGUCGCAAGCACUCUCGGAGUCCAGAGGCCCACACUGUGAAGGUGACCCCGUAGGGAGGAGGGCGACGGCCCUUGCGAGGAUGAUGGCCGGCGCCCGCCUCUCCCAGGGCCGCAUUCCUGCGGUGGCCAUGUGGCUUCUGUGCGCGCUCUGUCCCCUGAGCACCCAGGCCGGGCCGCCUCCCUCGCCCCCCGGGUUGCCCGCGGGAGCCGCCUGCCUGGACCGCUUUACCGCCGGGGUGCCUGCCUUCGUGCUCGACACCGAGGCGUCGGUCAGCAACGGGGCCACCUUCCUGGGCUCCCCCACGGUGCGCCGCGGCUGGGACUGCGUGCGCGCCUGUUGCAACACCCAGAGCUGCAACCUGGCCCUGGUGGAGCUUCAGCCCGACGGCGGGGAGGACGCCAUCGCCGCCUGCUUCCUCAUGAACUGCCUGUACGAGCAGAACUUCGUGUGCAAGUUCGCGCCCAGGGAGGGCUUCAUCAACUACCUCACGCGGGAGGUUUACCGCUCCUAUCGGGAGCUGCGGACCCAGGGCUUUGGAGGGUCCCGGAUCCCCAAGGUCUGGGCAGGCACAGACUUGAAGGUACAGCGCCAGGAACCCGUGGUGUUGAAGGGUGUGGGGAACACGGAUUGGCACCUCCUGCAGGGUGACACAGACAUCAGGGUAGAGAGGAAUGAUCCAGACCAGGUGGAGCUGUGGGGACUUAAAGAAGGUACCUACCUGUUCCAGCUGACAGUGGCUGGCUCCAGUGAGCCAGAGAGCACAGCCAAUGUCACGGUCACAGUGCUGUCCACCAAGCAGACAGAAGAAUAUUGCCUGGCACCCAGGAAGGUGGGCCGCUGCCGCGGUUCCUUCCCCCGCUGGUACUACAACUCCACAGAACAGGUCUGCAAGAGUUUCACUUAUGGAGGGUGCUUGGGCAACAAGAACAACUACCUUCGGGAAGAAGAGUGCAAGCUAGCCUGCCAGGAUGUGCAAGGACCCUCCAUGGAAAGGCACCAUCCAGUAUGCUCUGGCACUUGUCAUUCCACCCAAUUCCGCUGUAGCGAUGGCUGCUGCAUCGACAGCUUCCUGGAGUGUGAUGACACUCCCGACUGCCCUGACUCCUCCGAUGAGGCCACCUGUGAAAAAUACACCAGCGCCUUCGAGGAGCUCCAGAACAUCCAUUUCCCCAAUGACAAAGGGCACUGUGUGGACCUGCCAUACACUGGCCUCUGCCUGGAGAGCAUCCCACGCUGGUACUACAACCCCUUCAGCGAACGCUGCGCUCGCUUUACCUACGGUGGUUGUUACGGCAACAAGAACAACUUUGAGGAGGAGCAGCAAUGUCUUGAGUCCUGUCGUGGCAUCUCCAAGAAGGAUGUGUUUGGUCUGCGGCGGGAAAGCUCCAUUCCCAACGUAGGCUCCAUGGAGGUGGCCAUUGCAGUGCUCCUGGCCACCUGCAUUGUGGUGGUAGUGGCUAUCCUGGGUUACUGCUUCUUCAAGAACCAGAGAAAGGGCUUCCACAGAUACCGCCACCGCCACCACGAUCCCCAGCCCCCUACCCCUGCCAGCUCCACAGUCUCCACCACCGAGGACACGGAGCACCUGGUCUAUAACCACACGACGCGACCCCUCUGACCCUGGGGCUGCCCUGACCCUCCGGCUGGGCUCUUGCCAUCUCUCACCUGGCCUUGCUUCCUCCUUGGGGACAGAGGCCUGAGCGAGGAAGACUGGGAGCAGAGUCCUCAGAGGCCCACCCUGCCUCUGAGGCCCACCCUGCCUCCGAGGCCAAGGCUCUAGCCCCUCCCUCGGUUGUCUCCGACAAGCUCAGGCCUCCUGCUCCUGAGAAAGCUCUGGGAUCUGGGAGGAGCAGAAAACCUUUGAUCCCAGGAUCCCACACACAGAUGGACCUGUCUGCCUAGGAUUUCAGGGGAAGUUUGAGUUUCCUGUUCAGAGCUGCUUGCCCCACCCCCAGGGCACUGGGAAGGGGCUGAGGUGGUAUCAGAAGCUGGCCCUCCCUCUUUGCACCAUCCAGGGCUGGGAGGAAGGGGCCUCCCUGUAUAUUUUCUGCUGUACAGAGUUGCUUUUUGUUUAUUUAAUGCCAUGGGUGUAGGUGAGAGGAGCAGCAAGUGGCCAUGUAGCCUCUGCCACUUGUUCCCUCCCCGUAAAGAGUGAACCUCGAUCUGGUCUAGCCCAGCACAAAGAGCCAGACCCCCACAACCUCCCUACAACUCGAGGGCUCUCCGGCAUCACACUCCCAACCCGCUCCCAUACUUCUCACAGCCCCCAGUCCACCCCCAGUGUAAUAAAACGGUUUGUCCUGUGA